CGCCUGGGUCGGGUGGGUGACGCCGAGCGCGAGAUGUCGGAUUUUGAGAGUAACCCGUUUGCAGACCCGGAUCUCAACAACCCUUUCAAGGACCCAUCAGUUACACAAGUGACAAGAAAUGUCCCACCAGGACUUGAUGAAUACAAUCCAUUCUCGGAUUCUAGAACACCUCCACCGGGCAAUGUGAAAGUGCCUAACGUACCCAGCACACAACCAGCAAUAAUGAAACCAACAGAGGAACAUCCGGCUUAUACACAGAUUGCAAAGGAGCAUGCCUUGGCCCAAGCUGAACUUCUAAAGCACCAGGAAGAACUAGAAAGAAAAGCAGCAGAAUUAGAAUUAGAUCGUCGAGAACAAGAAAUGCAAAAUCUCAGUCAACAUGGCAGAAAAAACAAUUGGCCACCUCUUCCUGACAAUUUUCCUGUGGGACCUUGUUUCUAUCAGGAUUUUUCUGUAGACAUUCCUGUAGAAUUCCAAAAGACAGUAAAGAUUAUGUACUACUUAUGGAUGUUCCAUGCUGUAACACUGUUUCUAAAUAUCUUCGGAUGCUUGGCUUGGUUUUGUGUUGAUCCUCCAAGAGGGGUUGAUUUUGGAUUGAGUAUCCUGUGGUUCUUGCUUUUUACUCCUUGUUCAUUUGUCUGUUGGUACAGACCACUUUACGGAGCUUUCAGGAGUGACAGUUCAUUCAGAUUCUUUGUAUUCUUUUUCGUCUAUAUUUGUCAGUUUGCUGUGCAUGUACUCCAGGCUGCAGGAUUUCAUAAUUGGGGUAACUGCGGUUGGAUUUCAUCCCUUACUGGUCUCAACAAAAGUAUUCCUGUUGGAAUCAUGAUGAUAAUCAUAGCAGCACUUUUCACAGCAUCAGCAGUCAUCUCGCUAGUUAUGUUUAAAAAGGUACAUGGACUGUAUCGCACAACAGGUGCUAGUUUUGAGAAGGCCCAACAAGAGUUUGCAACAGGUGUGAUGUCCAACAAAACUGUCCAGACCGCAGCUGCAAAUGCAGCUUCAACUGCAGCAACUAGUGCAGCUCAGAAUGCUUUCAAGGGUAACCAAAUUUAGAGUCUUCAAACAAUGCAUUGUUACCUUCUGACUGUACUUUU